AUGACCUAGGCGCAAGCACAGAGGGAUCGUGGCAGCGCAGAGCGAUGCCGCACGGCCGCCCGCAGACAACAGCCCUGGCGGUUCAGCCCCGGCCUAGGCCCCAGCGCCUGCCCGCCGCCGCGGCAGCAGCGGUAGCGGGGAUCGCCCGCAGCCCUGCCACCGUGCGGCCGAUCCCCUAUCGCCCUCUCCACCCCCAGCCCUCCGCAGAGGGCCCUCGGCCGCGGCGCCUCACCUCAGCCCCGCCGGGCUCUCCCCUCAGCCCCGCCGAGCGCUCCCCCAGCCCCGCCGGCUCGGCAGCCGGGAGCACGCCGCCUCGGCACGCAGCUGCCUGCGCCUGCCGGCGGGCAAGGCCGGAGCAGCCGAGCCGCCGAAGCACGGAUUGGGGCGGGCCCGCUGCCUCCGGCGGCAGGUUCGGAAUGGCAGCCGCGGGGCCGGGCCCGCUGCGGAAUGGCCUCUAACGCCGUGCGGGGCGGGGGGCCGACAUGGCUACCAAGCGCCUGGCCAGGCAGCUGGGGCUGGCGCGGAGCAGUGCGCGGGCGCGGAGCGGGGCGCGGGCGGCGGCGGAGCAGCGCUUCGGCUUCCUGAUCGUGCUGGACUUCGAGGCCACGUGCUGGCGGGACGCGGGGCGGCGCAGCCCCGAGAUCAUUGAAUUUCCAGCAGUCCUGUUAAACACUGCAACGGGAGACAUUGAAUCUGAAUUCCACACCUAUGUCCAGCCCCAGGAGCAUCCCAUCCUGUCCGAGUUCUGCACGGAACUCACAGGCAUUACACAGGAUCAGGUGGAUGAAGGAGUCCCUCUACACAUUUGUUUAUCACAGUUUUUGAAAUGGAUUGAGAAGAUACAAAAGGAGAAGAAAAUCAUCUUCAGUACAGGUACUCCAAGCAGCUCCAGUUCUGCAGCAAAAGUGUGCACCUUUGUUACUUGGACAGACUGGGACCUGGGAGUGUGUUUGCAGUAUGAAUGUAAGAGGAAGCAGCUGCGAAAACCUGACAUUUUCAAUUGCUGGAUUGAUCUCAAAGCCAUGUACAGGGCCUUCUAUAACAGGAAGCCCAAAGGGCUAAACGGUGCUCUGCAGGAUCUGGGGAUGGCUUUUGCCGGCCGGGAGCAUUCUGGGCUGGAUGACUCCCGGAACACCGCCCGGCUGGCUUGGCGGCUGAUUCGUGAUGGGUGUGUGCUGAAGGUUACUAAAUCUCUGGAUAAGGCACAUCUGAAGAAUAAUACCAUUUCCAGAACACUGAUUAUGAACUUCACUGACAAGGCUCCACUGGAAGCUAACAGCAGGCUUGGAACUUGUGAAACAGGUUCUCUGGCAGAGAAAAACCAGAGCAGUGUUGCUGGGAUGAAGGUAAACUCUAAUGCGCAAACUGAGGAACGUCAUCAGACCGCUUGUGCCCAUUCAGCUGCAGAUGGCUGUGGUGUACCUAGCAGCAGCUCAAGGGUUGAGUUACAUGCUCGGUCCCCAAGCUCUUCAACAGCAUCUCCUGACAACAGAUCUCCUGUUCCUCCUGAGCAGGCAGGCAGAUCUCCCCAUACUGUAUCAGCAGGCGUUUGGCAAGGGUUGAGCAAUCGCCAGUCUCUGAGUACAGCUGGCUAUAACCCUGCAGUACACGGCACAGGGCUAGUGCUUGUCUCCACAACCAUCUCCUCAGUUAAUAUCUCUAAUGAGGACAUCAGUACUAGUUCUGAUUGCUUAGCUUUGCUGACUGACUGGGAAGAUGUAGCUUUAAUACCAGAAUCUCAGUCUGACCAAAACUCAGACUGUAUUCAAGUCAAAGGUGACUCAAGCAGAGAGAUUUUAACAGCGUUGGAAGAGAAAACCAUUUCAAAACAGCUGCCUGUGAUGAGGUCAGGAAAUCAGAGUUUGAAGGAGUCCAUAGGACCCGUGGAACCUCUGAAAUCUAUUGUUUACAAAAGUCCUGAUACUACUGUCUAUAAUGUAGGAGCAGUACAAAGGCAGACUUCAACAUUUUCAGCUUUUAAGUUACCACCUGCAAAGGUAAAUUCUAUUUCAGCAGAGUCAGCGUCAGCUGGGAGCUACUGCACUCCAGCAGGGGGCCCUAAAAGGACGCCAACUAGUCCAAAAGCCUUCCCACCGGCAAAAAAGCAGUCCUUUGCUGUGUACGAAGAGACAAGUGCAGCUUUAGACCAUUCCUUACCUUUAAGAAGUUCAAAUUUGCCCCAAGUGCCUCCUGCCAUUCUGAACUCCGCUGUCAAUUCAGUUCACUCUGUAAGAGCUGUGAAAAGCGGCAAAGCAACUCCCCCUCUGUGCCACUGCGGCCGAAGAGCUAAAAAACUGCACGUGUCAAAUGCUGGUCCAAAUCAUGGCAAAGCCAUUUUUUGUUGUCCUGUUGGCAAGCAUGAAGGUAAUAAGAAAGGUUGUGGAUACUUCAAGUGGGAAUAUGCACUUCUAAAAGAGAAAUCUCAGGGUCUCAGCCUGAGUGCAGAGGCUGUGACCUCCCUCGGACCUCACGCCGAUCAUUCAGGAAAGCCUUCCAACAGAAGCUCUUUGUCUCUUCGGCCCUCUAUGAGAAGUUGAAACCUAGCACUAAUUUUUGCCUGAAUCUUAAUCUCAGUAAACUGACCAUGCAUAAUAUAGUCAGGACAGUCAAAUGAUGUCAGAGCUGUUCUGAGAACGGGCCACUGCUUGGGUAACACAGAAAUGGAAAUCACUGGAGCAUCCCAGAUUGCCAACAUUGCAAAGCAGCUCAUCAGUCAAGUGUGGCAGAGCAGACAAAAGUGUUAAGUGCUGAGAUUACAGUUGCUACAGGUCUGCUUUAUCACCUGUUUUAAAUUCUGUACUGGUCCCCUCCUUACAGAACAUUGUAAUGCUAUAGAUUUGAUCCACACUUUUUUUCCCUAAGUACACUUGCAGUGAUUACACCUUUUAAAAUGUGGGUUAGAAGCUCUCACCCUCAAAAGAGCUCCUGGAAGCAACAGCAUUGUUUUCAAGGUGCUGGGCUUUGUAGCCUUUUAAAAUCAAAUAAAGACAAAAUGCUGCUGGCA